AUGGAGAAUUGGAAGGACAACAAGAACGACCUAUUUCGUAAUGCCAUGGAAAACCAGUGGUCGGAAGUAUUUAAAACGCUCGAGGAAGACAGGGGGCUUCGCACGGCCAAGGUUACCGCGACAGGGGACACUGUGCUUCACAUGGCAAUGUAUGCUCUGGACGAGACGGUGGUGGUGGCCGCGAUGGUGGACUUAGUUCUGGAAGAUGAAGAGAGUAGUGAGAGGAGCUACGUCCUUGAGGCUGCGAAUGUGAAAGGUAACACUCCUCUGCAUUUAGCAGCCUCAAUUGGAAACAUUGAAAUGUGCAAGAAGAUUGGAGGUGUUAAUCCCUCCUUAAUUGCUAAACGCAAUAAAGCCGGCGAGACACCCCUCUUCCUGGCAGCUCUCCACGGCCACAGAAAAGCUUUUCUUUGGCUUCAUUAUCAGUAUAUGGAAACUGGAGUCUCUUCAACCGAAUAUGCUCACUGUAUAAGGGACAACCACGAUACCAUUCUACAUUGUGCAAUUGCAGAAGAACAUCUGGUUUACUAUGUUGGAUCGAUGCAUUUUCUUUUCUUAUUUUGA